AACCAUGUCACUAGAAAAAUAAAGGCAUAAAACGCGGUGGUAUAAACGAUUAUAAAGUCCAAACUGUGUAAAACAAAAUAGAAGUUGUGGCGUUCAAACUUUCCCUAACAUUACUGUGAAUGAUUCUAACUGAGAUGACGAUGAACUUGCCCCCACAACACUUCAAUACAUCUAAAAAAUUCAAAAUCACUGUCAGUGCAACUCGCUGUAUACAUCCGGUUAGAUUUGUGUACAAUUCUCUCAAGUGCUGGGAAUCUUCAUCCCAGCCCAGCAUCCAUUCAACUAGGACAUACUUGUAACAUUGGUAAUGGCACUUCCAACUAAUAUCUAUUGUUACUUUCUGGUUUAUUACGCGUUGAUUUCUUUAUUUUCAUACCUUACAGCUGGAUUUCAAGUAGGUGUUUCUUAUCAGUAUCAAUAUGAAACUUCAGUUUUAUUCAAUGAAGUCCAUCACAAAACCACAAAUGAGGACAAACUCAUCUUGGCAAAGAUUACUGUUACCCCUUUGUAUCAACUUGAAAAGAGGAAGUUUGUCAAGUUACAGGUCCUCAAACCGGAUAAAGAAGCCACAGGUUCUCAUCUGAAAUAUAUAAAACGGCUCCAGAAGUUUCCCAUAUUCUUUGAAAUCCAUGAAAACGGAGAAGUGAGCAAUUUAUAUUUGGCAGCAACUGAUUCCAUAUUUUCAACAAACUUCAAGAAAGGUAUCAUUAAUUUAUUCCAGAUGAAGAUAUCAGAAGAAACAUCAACAGAGCUUGACAUAUCAGGAAAUUGUUCUGUUAAAUACACAAACAUGGGAGGCCGCAUAAUUAAAAUCAAAGAAAACUGUACCAAUAUGGAAAUUGCAGGAGAUUUCUCUGGAGCAGAAAAAUUGUUGGGUGUUUCUACAUCUUCCACGUCAGCGAUUUCCUAUAUUCUGAAAAAUGGUAUCAUAGACACAGCUGUUGGAAACAGUGCCAGCCAACUGAAAAUAAACCUAAACGCAUCAAUGGGUGCUAAAAUUGAUGUUUUCCAAAAGUUAAAAUUGACUGGUCAGGUGGAAACGAAAGAGAAAAUGAUAAUUCCAAAUCUUGAUGAAGCAGAAAAUUUCUUAGACACCAAAAUGGGCUACGAUCACAUUAUUUCACUUUUACCGAGCAGCAGAGAGACCCAGCAUUGUACAAAGGGUUGUAUAUCACCUUUGGAUUUGCUGAGUAAAGUGAAAGAGGUUUUAAGGAAAGACCAACUUUCCACACUGGCAUCCGCAUCUGCAUUCUUGGAAUAUGUCCGUUCAUUUAGAAACCAAGGGAAAGAAAUUAUUUUACACACUUUGACCCAUCCAGACAGUUAUUAUAUUGUCCCCCAAUUAAUUGAUAUUGCUAGUGCUGCUCAAUCAAAAGGAUCUCACCGGGCUAUCAUGGAACUUCUCAAUUUUGAAGGGGACCAUACAGAUUACCCAGAGCGUUAUCUCUUUACUUUAGCUUAUGCUACCAAACCUGCUAAAUUCAUUCUGAAUAAUUUCCUGAAAAUAUAUAAGAAAAAUAUCGCAAAUAAGAAUUUAAAAGAAAGUGUUGGUUUAACCCUUGGCGCUUUGAUGUUCACGUAUUGUUUGGUACCGAGUCAAUGUGAGGAAAAUAUUGUUAAAGAAUACAUAAUGUCUACUAAGAGUUUGAUGUCAAAGUGCAAGACUGAAGACUGUCAGUUAAUCUACAUACGAUCAAUGGGAAAUGCUGGCUUAAAAGGAUUUUUACCAAUUCUACUUGAAAAGUCACUUCAAGCUAAACCAUCAAGUAUUUCCAGCACAGCUAUCUAUUCUUUGCGGCGUUUCAAGAAAGAUGUCAUCGCAGCUGAGGCUGUUCCAGUAAUGCUCAAAAUCUACAAAGAUAAGACUCGUGAGAGCAGUGCACGUCUUGCAGCACUGGAAGUUAUGUUGUCUACCGAUAUUUGCCCGUUGGCUUUGGAAGAAGUUCUUCGGUCACUCAAAAAAGGAGACAAUUCAGAAUUUGCAACAUAUACCAUCUCAAAACUUAACGACAUGGCACAAAAUAAUCCCACAUUCAAAAAACUCCUGAAAUCAGUAAUUGAAAAGCUUGACUUACUAAAUUAUGUGGUUUUAACUCAAAAUGGAACAUCCAGUGCCUUCAGUUCCUAUCUUACAGUUUCUAAAUCAGUCAACUCCACUUACGGACUCUUUAUUGAAAAUUCUAAAUCUUCUCUAAUGAAGAGGAGUUCACUCGAUGUAGAAUUGUUUGGCAAGGAAUUUUCAGAGAAACUUCUAUCUUUCAGACUAUACGCUGAUGGCAUUGAGAGUUUGGUGUCCGAUGAAUCCACUUCUGAAGAAGUUGAACCUACAGCCGGAAUGUCUUUGACACUGUUUGAUGUCUUAUUACGACCAGUUGAAUUCUUCCGUGGGUCAGGAAAGUUGAUGUCCACUGCAUGGAAUGCACCAUCUGAACCAACAUCAGCUCUGCAGGGUAACAUACUUUUACAAGAUGAACACCAAACUUUACAUCUUAUGAAUGGCUUUAUUGCUAAAGUUGAUCUAAUGACAGCACUGUCUCUGGAUAUUUCUGGUUCAAUGGUAAAUAGUAUUUGGAGACAAACAUCUCAAAGCGUGGUAACAAACAGUGGAGCCUUGUUAUUUGAUGGUUCUGUCAAGUUGGAGUCAAAGAUAGUGAAAGCUGGAAUUGAUUUUAAAAUUGGUGGUGAAGGACACAUAGACUUUAAAACCAAUGUUGAAUUUUUUAAAAUGCCAGUGAAAAGUUGUAUGAGAAUGAUGCGACCCCAUGUAUCAUGGACGCAAAAUAUUACAAAAUAUGACAGUUUUUCAACAAAAAGGCAUAAAACCAAAAUUAACCGAACAUACCAGCUUCCUGACAUGUCCUAUUUCUUGAACCAAUUCAACUCAAAGCAAUGCCAUAACAUGUUAGAUUCCUUGGAAUUAUAAUCAGAGAUUGGUUCCAACAAAUGUUUGUCCCAUUUUCUUUUUCUCUUCACCAGAAUUUCAUUAUUUUGAUAUAAACUAUAUUUUUUUUUAAUUA